AUUGAAGCGAAGCCAUGCAGGUCACCGCAGAACACGUCGGCCGUCAAUCCGCGCCAAUCCCAUCCCCGGAUCGAUGGAGCAACGAGGAGCCUUGCCGAGGACGCUGCGCGCUGGGCGUUUUGCUGAUUCUGCCCUACGCCUACCAGGCCUUCCUAGCGCCGAGCGCUCGGAGCGCUCUGAGCUCGCGGAGCUCGCGCCUGGCGCGGCGGGCGGAGGCGUCUGGCCCCGUGGGCGACUGGGUGGAGUGCGAGAUCUCGUACACGCCCACCAUCUCCGUCCACCACUCCGUGGUGGAGCCGAGGCGUAGCGAUGUGUACAUCUUCCACAAGCGGCAGCUGCAGGAGGACUUUGGACACCUCUACGCAAAGCUCGGCUUCACCGUUUCGGGCCUGAUGUACAAAGACGUGAAGACCCACUGUCGCGAGCCGGAAGGCCUGGUGGGGCAGUGCAGCGACUGCUUCAAGUUCUUCUUCGGGGGGGCCAUCGGCUUCACAGGCACCACCAGCCCCAAGUACUACGACCGCCAGCAGGUGGGCGUGCAGGAGUGCGUGGGGGACACCAUGCGGCUCUACGAAGAGGCCAACGCCAUUCCGGACCGGAGCCGGCCGGACAUGUCGAUCUGGUGCAUGAAGGAAGGCGUACAUGCGUAAAGCCAUUCCGACGAGUUAUGCAAACAUAGCAAUCUUCACCAAUGAUACAGGCAUCAUUGUUUCAACAAAUCGUAGGAACGCGAGGGGA